AUGGCGUUCAUGAUGCCUGUUGUCAAGAACGACUGGGACAUAUACAACUCCCAGCGGAGUCGGCGGGUGUCCGAGUCAGCGGAGAAGGCGGGGCUCGGCCACGGCCGCGUCCGCAAGGUGUCGGAGUCGCGGUCCGAGGGCCCCGUGCUGUCGCCGCGCGCCCACACGCUGAGCCCGCACCGCAGCGCGCCCGCGAUGCGCUCGCUGUCCUACUGCCGCGCGCCGCCGUCGCGCGCCUCGCUGCGCACCGCCAGCGACAGCCCCAGCAAGGGUUCGGCUAGCCCCAAGAGCGCCGUGCGCGAGGACAAGUUCCACAGCAGGUUGGUGGAGAAGUUGAAGCGGGCGCUCGGACGCUCGGAGUCGAAGCGCGAGGAGCGGAGCUCGUGA